AAUAUAAAUCUAUGCAAGCAGCUCUUCUCAUUUUCUAUAUCACCAGUUCGUAAACUGCCCUUAUUUCUCGCUCUUCACUGCCCAAACAGCUUCUCCCUGUGAUCAAAUGCUGCCUUCUACAUGUUUCUAAUAUCUGUCCUUCGUUAUGCACUAUUCAUUCUUGUGCCUCUGUCUUUAAUCUUUACUUCUUACUUGUAUUUGUACCCAGCAUUUCACGGUUGCGCUUUUCCCUCACCCGAAUAUGAUGCUUCGGAAGCAUACGUCAAUACACUUCGCAAACAUGCGCUCCCAAAUUUAUACGAUGCAAAUAAAGUAGCACCAUUUAGGCUCCUAGCUUUGGGCGAUCCCCAACUCGAGGGUGAAUCCUCUAUACGAGACGUCGACUCGGUCAAUUUGCCCAAUUUGAAGAAAUUCUUUGAAGAUUCUGGAAUGAGUAGCGGCACGAAACAUAGCCUUUUGCAGCGCGUGCGGCAUAGCCUACAUGAUAUCAUAGACUUCUGGCUCGACGAUCUUCCUAAGGCUUUCGAGGUUUAUCGCAAACGAUUCGAUCACAUUGGUAAUGAUUAUUAUCUGGGACAUAUUUACCGCGCAACACAUUGGUGGUUAGAUCCUACACAUGUUGCCGUGCUCGGCGAUCUUGUUGGGAGUCAAUGGAUAGAUGAUGAGGAAUUUGAGGAACGUGGGCGAAGGUAUUGGAAUAGGGUAUUCAGACACGGAGAACGGAUUCCGGACGAGGUCAUGUCGCAGCCAGCUUUCGAAUUUCAGGAUACAGUAAUACUUGGAGAAAAUGCUGCGGCUUGGAAGAAGAGGAUUAUAAACGUGGCAGGCAAUCAUGAUGUUGGGUAUGCUGGGGAUAUUUCGCGGGAUCGAGUUGCUCGAUUUGAGCGUGUCUUUGGGAAAGCGAACUACGAAUUGCGAUUCCAGCUGCCUUACAAAGAUACUGGUUUUAUUUCCACGACUGCGGGAAAUGUGGAUGUGAGAGAUAUGCCUGAAAUCAGGAUUGUGAUCCUGAACGAUAUGAACCUCGAUACGCCUGUAUCUGACAAAGACCUUCAAGACGAGUCUUAUCGAUUCCUUAACGACCUAAUAAGCACCUCCCAUGCAGUCGAACGAUCUGCACUUUUCACAAUAGUCCUCACUCAUAUUCCACUAUACAAAGACGAAGGAAUUUGUGUAGACGGUCCAUUCUUCGAUUUUUUUGACGGAGAAUUCGAGAAUGGAGUUAAGGAACAGAAUCACCUCUCACGCGAUGCCUCUAGAGGUAUACUUGAAGGUAUUUUUGGCAUGAGCGGUGACGCGGAAGUAGCCGGUCAAGGCAUGGGAAGACGUGGUGUCGUUGUGACUGGUCAUGACCACGAAGGCUGUGAUAUUUAUCACCACAUCAAUCAAAGUUCGCCUGAAGAGGAACGAGAAUGGAAAUGCAAUAGAUACACACAGGCCAAGCGCGUCGCAGACCAGUCGGGUAUUCCAGGACUGCGCGAAAUAACAGUGCGGAGUAUGAUGGGAGAUUUUGCCGGGAAUGCAGGGUUAUUGAGUUUAUGGUUUGACAGAGACAGCUGGGAGUGGCGGUUCGAAUUCGUGAAUUGUGGAUUGGGUACUCAGCAUAUUUGGUGGUUUGUGCAUAUUUUGGAUUUUAUCACGGUAAUUGUGGGCAUUGUCUAUGGUGUUUGGAGCGCGGCGUUGAAGGUCCGAUUGGUUUUUGGGUUUGAUGUAAAUGGGAAGAAGGGUGGGAAAAAGGGGAAGAAGGUUACAUUCGAGAUGAUGCCGAGUACAAGCCGUGUUGUUCCAAAAAAUUUGACGGCGAAAGCUGGCACUAGUAAUGAGGAGGUUAGAGGAGUCAUUAACGGGGGGUCUAAAUAAGGGAGGAGUUGUGGCGAAUCCGUUGCAUGAUACCCCAGAAAGUGCGUAAAGGUAGAUGUAUAACCAUUUUUUCAAGUCGCAAAGCGGAAGUGCCGCCGAGAUACACGUAUAACUCUAGUUCAACUUUUUCCAUUUGAAAUAUUCCUGCGUUUAAGCCCUGUUACUGUCUUCCAUUGUCAACAUCUUCUUUAGUCCUAUAAGGUCUCCACUCCUAGAGAUCACAUCAAAACAACUUUUUAAUCGCUCAGCUAAGCACAAGUCAUACAUCGAUAUGAGGCAUUAAUUACCACUCCACACACCCACUCAAAGAGUGCUGGUGCGAUAAUUACUUGGGUUUGGAAAAGACUUCAUCCAAUAUACUAUAAACCCACCAUUACACUUGAAAAAUGACGAAGCUCCAAAGACUGGUUUUACGGACUGUAAAUGUGUAUUGGUGGUUGAUAUCUAUUUUGUAUUAGGUAUUGGUUAGCGCGCCUUCAGACUGUUUUUAAGAGGUGGAACUUGAAAGUCUUUCGGAUCCUACGACGUUUACUUGUACACCUACAACUUGGGAAAUUUGUCCUCUUGUUGAUAAUGUCCUCGAACAACAC